AGUGUGGAAGCAAAACUAAAAAGGCUUGCCCCACGUUAGCAGAAGCAGAAAUAUCUAAUCUAAACAGGUCUGAAAAAACAGCUCUCAUCCAUAAACUAAACCAAACCGAGAUUCACACAUAACUACAUUUUUAUAUCCCGAAGUACCCAAAAAAAAAAAAGGCAUUUUGCAUCUGCAUCUACGUUUCAUACACUUUUGGUCUCUGCCUCUGAAGAGGAGCUCUCCAACAAUUCAGGCAAACGAAAACAUGACUGUCUUCUCGUUCAUCAACAGAGUGAUCCAUGGCAACUCCACCUGCUCUAAACUCCUGGUUCUCUUCUCUGCCAGUAGUGGAAGUCUCUUGGCAUAUUCGGAGUCGCAAGCAGAAACUGAUAGACCAAAUGUUGAGCUUAGCCAAACAGAAUGCAAGAAGAAGAGGGUGGUGGUGCUUGGGACAGGCUGGGCUGGUACCAGUUUUCUAAAAGAUCUGGACAUCUCAAAAUAUGAUGUUCAGGUAGUUUCCCCUCGUAACUACUUCGCAUUCACUCCUUUGCUCCCCAGCGUCACAUGCGGAACAGUGGAGGCACGAAGCAUUGUGGAGCCCAUUCGGAAUAUGAUAAAGAAGAGAAGCGGAGAAAUCAACUUUUGGGAAGCAGAAUGUCUCAAAAUAGAUGCAGCUAACAAAAAAAUAUUCUGCAAGUCUAAUCUGGAUGAGAAUAUGGUGGGAAAUAAUGAAUUCAGUUUAGAGUAUGACUACUUGGUCAUUGCGAUAGGAGCAGAAGUAAAUACUUUUAACACACCUGGUGUCUUGGAGUAUUGCCAUUUUCUGAAGGAGGUAGAGGAUGCUCAAAGGAUCCGUAGAACUGUGAUAGAUUGUUUCGAAAAGGCUGUACUCCCGGACCUGAGUGAGGAAGAGCGGCGGACAAAUCUCCAUUUUAUUAUUGUCGGUGGCGGUCCAACUGGAGUGGAAUUUGCUGCAGAACUGCAUGACUUUGUCCGGGAAGACUUGAUCAAGUUAUAUCCUUCGGUUAAAGAUCUAGUGAAAAUAUCAGUGAUUCAAUCUGGAGAUCAUAUCUUAAACACAUUUGAUGAAAGAAUCAGUUCAUUUGCUGAACAAAAAUUUCGAAGAGAUGGCAUUGAAGUUUUGACAGGAUCUCGCGUUGUAAAUGUUUCUGAUAAAUUUAUAAACAUGAAGAUGAAGUCAAGUGGCGAGGUUUUUUCUGUGCCCCAUGGAAUGGUGCUUUGGUCAACUGGCGUUGGUCCCCGUCCAGUUGUGAAGAGCUUCAUGGAACAAAUUGGCCAGGGUAACAGACGGGUUCUGGCGACUGAUGAGUGGUUACGAGUAAAAGGAUGCGAAGAGGUGUAUGCACUUGGAGAUUGUGCUACUAUAGAUCAACGUAAAAUAAUGGUAGAUAUGUUGAACAUAUUUAAGGCUGCGGACAAGGACAUUUCUGGCACCCUGACCAUGGAAGAGUUUGAAGACGUGAUUGAUGACAUCCUUGAAAGGUACCCCCAAGUAGACCUCUAUUUAAAGAGAAACCACCUACCUGAUAUCAGAAGUCUCUUGCAAGCUACAAUGGGAAAUGAAAGAGAAGAAGUUAAUUACGAAGAGUUCAAGUCAGCACUUUGUCUUGUUGACUCUCAGACAAAGAGUCUUCCGGCAACUGCUCAGGUUGCUGCUCAACAAGGUGCAUAUCUUUCUAGGUGCUUUAACCUUAGGGAGAAGUGUGAAACUAGUCCUGAAGGCCCUCGCCGCUUUACAGGUGUUGGACGGCAUCAAUUCCGUCCCUUUCGGUACAAGCAUCUAGGCCAAUUUGCUCCCCUUGGUGGAGAGCAGGCAGCAGCAGAACUGCCUGGAGACUGGGUUUCAAUGGGUCAUAGCACCCAGUGGCUGUGGUAUUCUGUUUAUGCAAGCAAACAAGUCAGUUGGCGCACGAGGAUCUUAGUGGUAUUUGAUUGGACGAGGAGAUUCAUUUUCGGGAGAGAUUCAAGCCGUAUCUGAGAUUCUGAGGUGACAAUCAAACUCUAGUUUCUUUUUCCAGAGGCAUGCUGUUUUCGCGCAUGUGCAGAGAAAAUCCAGCUCCCAAUCCGAUGUAUAUGCUCUCUAUCUCUCUCUCUCUCAUUGAGUGUUCAACAAGUAGGUGUCGUGCAAUGCACUCAAUUAUUUUCUACGAUUAGUUGUAAUGCCCGUACUGCAAAAAUGAUGCUGUUAAUGAUGCUCAUGAACACAGCGCUGUUUGCUGUCCGGAGUUUUCUGUUGUUAGUUUGAGUUAUGUAACUACUCGAACAAUAUUUACUCGAGUCCCACUAGUGUUGAAAUCUACCUAUGUAUCUCUCAUUCUUUCAGAACUAGAGAAGCAUGAUUUACAUGCACAAUGAUUUUUUGGGUUUUUGCACUCAUUUAUUUAACCGACUUAGUUUUGGUUC